AUGGUGAAGACAUCCCCAAAUGAUAAAGCUAUGGCCAAAAAAGAAACUACAGAGAUCGAGAUAGUAAGUAUGAGUGUAUACAUGUGUAAUUUAUCGUUUUUACUUAAAAAGAAUUCAACUACAGUGAUUUAAUAUCAAGUAUUGUUAAUUCAUUUUAGUGGCUCAAUGACAUUAAUUUGAUGACCGUAAAUGCACCACCAAAAGAGCCAUCAAAAUGUGCAAUCAAAUUAUUGGACUUACUAUUUUCAUCGGAAGAGCUCCAGGAUGGAAUACUAUUCCAGUCGAAAAGAUCUCCAAAAGCAGCACUAGAUCCCAACAGGGUCACUAAAUUGUUUGGUAAGAACAAUAUAUGUGAUUUGACUUGAAGAAAAAUUAACUGGCCAGCUGUGAACAGAUAUAUACAAACUUAAGACUAAGUUGCCACAGUAUGUGUUAAUUAAAAGUACUAUAGUUUUCUUUGCCAAUGGCAAUGUGUUUUGGGUAAACAUUGAAAUGAACUUAAAUACAAAAAAUAGACUUACUUUAACACAGUCUUUUUUUACGAUAUAGCUGUCCUCAACGCCAAGUAUGGCGAAGAAAAAGUACAGAAAACAGUAAACAGUAAACACGCCAAAUUAUCGUGGAUGCGUGCAAUCAAAAUUCAAAAGUGCCGCGAUAUGCGAAGAAAAACAAAAUCGAAGAACUUGCAAUAACAAUGGUGUCAAUUUGCUAAUAUAAUUCAUGAAGUAAAGUAUGAAACAACCUCCGAAUAAAAGUUCCAUCUUGAAACUCAAUUCUUUAGAACAACAUUAAGAACAGACAAGAUUCCCUUUGUUUUCUCUCAAAUAUUGAGCAAGGUGGAACUUUCAUUCGGACUUUAUUUCAAUCGCCAUAGAUAUUGAUAAUAUUUUACCAACAUUAUUGGUCUAAUUUACUACAUUUACUAUGCAAACUAAACCGGGUAAAAGCUUGAGUAUUAUAAUUUGGAUGAACUAAUUGAUUACAAUUUAAUAAAGACCGACACUGAAUUUAUGGCAAUAUUGUACACUUUUACGUUAGUUUGAUAAAUUCAAUCAAAGUUAUAUCCAGAGUAUAGUAUAUUUCAUGUAGAGCCUCUUCAUUCUGUAUUUGCCAUGUAUUCUUGCCACGAACUUGGUAAAAUCUUGUAGGGUCAUGGCAAGAUCUGGCUGGAUUUUGGUAAGAUAUUGAAGGAUCAUGGCAAGAUCUCGCAGGAUUUUUGGUAAGAUCUUGGAGGAUCAUGGCAAGAUCUUGCUGGAUUUCGGUAAGAUCUUGGAGGAUCAUGGCAAGAUCUCGCAGGAUUUUUGGCAAGAUCAUGGCAAGAUCUUGCUGGAUUUUGGUAAGAUCUUGGAGGAUCAUGGCAAGAUCUUGCAGGAUUUGUGGUAAGAUCUUGGAGAAUCAUGACAAGAUCUUGCAGGAUUUGUACCAAGAUCAUGCCAAGAUGUUACAUAAAUCCUGCAAGAUCAUGGAAAGAUCUUGCAUGAUCUUGCAAGAUCUUUCCAAGUUCUUGCAGGAUCUUACCUAAGAUCUUGCAAGAUCUUUCCAUGUUCUUGCAGGAUCUCAACUAAGAUCUUCUAGGAUCUUGCAAGAUCUUUCCAUGUUCUUGCAGGAUCUUAACUAAGAUCUUGCAAGAUCUUGCCAUUAUCAUGGCAAGAUCUUGCAGGAUUUGUACCAAGAUCAUGCCAAGAUCUUACAUAAAUCCUGCAAGAUCAUGGAAAGAUCUUGCAUGAUCUUGCAAGAUCUUUCCAAGUUCUUGCAGGAUCUUACCUAAGAUCUUGCAGGAUCUUGCAAGAUCUUGCCAUUAUCAUGGCAAGAUCUUGUCAUGAUCAUGGCAAGAUCUUGCAAGAUGUUUGGCAAGAUCUUGCAAGAUCCUGCAAGAUCUUAGGUAAGAUCCUGCAAGAACUUGGAAAGAUCUUGCAAGAUCAUGCAAGAUCUUUCCAUGAUCUUGCAGGAUUUAUGUAAGAUCUUGGCAUGAUCUUGGUAAGAUCUUGGGUAAGAUCUUGUCAAGAUCUUGCUGGGAUCUUGGCAAGAUUGUCAACCUGGGACUUAAUUCACUUGCCAUCAGACAAUGGCCACUGGGGUACCUAGGUAGGGGGUAUAAUUCGUAUAAAUUAGGGGGUCAACAUGUCAACCUCUUUGUCCACUGUUCUAUAUGGCUAUGUUAUACCGCCUCAGAUCUAGCUUUGGCCCACAAAAAGAACAAAAUUUGAAUCAAGUACAUGCACUAUAAAAAAUUUAUCCGACAAUGAAAACAUAUUAAACUUAAAAUGCCCAGCUUUUUGUGGCAAGGCAACUUGCCCAAUCGGGUAAGCAAGAUAAAAUGUUUACUUGCCUGUCAUGAUAUUAACUUGCCCCGGGCAAGUGGGCAAGUGUUAAGUUACACCUCUGCACUUACGAAAAUUGACAAGUCUGGAGCAAGUUCAUAUCAUUUUGUAAGAAGUAUUAUUUAAAGCAUGUGUAGGAGUGUUUUAUCAGAUAUAAAACACGAGGUGCAGCCGAGCGUUUUAUAUCUGAUAAAACACAACUACAAGUGCUUUAAAUGGCUUAAAAUACGACUACAAAAGAAUACUAAUUAGGAUGAACCAUUAUAUAAUCAUACGGUACUAAUUAGGAUGAGUUUUAUCAGAUAUAAAGUUACUCCAUGUGACUUGUUAUGGCUGACAUGAUUUGCCACCAUGAUUUGAAUCAAGGCCACUGGUUGAUGACACUUCACUGGUUGAUGACAACAAGCUUGUAGUAACUUGUUACGAACAGCCUGUAUUAGUCUUGUUGGAACAACUUGUAGCAAAUCUGUUGCCAUCAUCAAGAUGUUAACAACUUGUUCCAGACUUGUAACAACAACUGGGAACAAGCAGUGCGAACACAUCCUAAUGUUGGCUUGGCAACAACCUUUUGUUUGCAAUUUAUAGCGUACCUGUAUAUGGCUGUAAAAUCUGUGAAUAGGUGGUCUUUGUCUUCUUUGAUUUGCUAAUUUGCAUAUAAACACUAAAACACUGUUUUUAAAUACGUAAACAAGCCAUAUAAACUUUCGUAAUAUUUUCGUAUAAAUAUUGUCGCCCUUUGACGCGCGCCUGCUUUGCAGGCUAUUUUCACAUGGUCGUCCGCUGUACAUUGUAUCGCAUGUAACGGUUUUGUAAAUGCGAUACAAUGUACAGCGGACGACCAUGUGAAAUAGCCUGCAAAGCAGGCGUGUCGAAGGGCGACAAUAUUUAACAAUUAUUCGCCGAAGGCGAGGUGAUUAUCGGUGAAUAAAAACCGAGACGAAGUCGAGGUUUUUAUUCACGAUAAUCACCGCGCCUGAGGUGAAUAAUUGUUUUAGUAUAAUUUCAUAGGUGAUUAUUUGGAAACAAAUUUUAAAAUGCACAUUUCUUUGUAAUUUAAUUGACAAAACGGCUUCGACCGCCAUUUUGAAAAUCGCUUAGGUGAUUAUCGCGUAAUAAUCACCUCAACGGCAACCAAUCAGCGUGGAGAAUUUUCAAUAAUCACCUAUGUAAUUAUACUAAACGAAAAUAUUACGAAUAAGUUUAUAUGGCUUGUUUACAACAAGGACAGAUUUCGUGCUCGACCAAUCAGCGCAUUUGUUUACACUUUCCUUCUCAGCUAAUCAUAAUGCAGGAAACGAGAAAUUUACAACAAGCUAGAGAAUAUUGCCGUCUUCUCGGGCUUCAGUGAGAUUCAAUUUUAACUUUUUUAAUUUAAAACCAAAAGAUUAUGAUGCAGCACAUUAAAAUCUAAAACUUUGCCGUGGGCAUUUUUAAAUUUCGACCUAGAACUGAAAAUAUCCAUGUUUGAAAUUUUUCCCUAUGCCGCGUAUACAAAUCGUAUACAAAUUUGAGUAAUCUAAUUUGACUGCAAUAAAACUAAAAAUUGCUAUAUUUUCUCUGCUUUUAAGUUUUUGUUGGAAAACUCUUUUUAGCUCUUGUUGCAAAUUGUUUUGGUCAAUGUUUUAUAUCAAAACCUAGACGAUAACGCGUUUAUAGCGCUUGAUUUAAAAAAAUAUAGUCGCACGCUCGCGAUCAUACGGGAAAUCAAUACAAAAAUAUUGUCCGACCGAUUUUGCAGAAAAUCAGACUCUCUAAACGCGUUAGUCUUCUAGGUUAUGAAAUAAUACAUUGACCAAAAUGAUUCUCAACAAGGGCAAAAAAGAGUUUUCCAACGAAAACGUAAAGCAGAGAAAAUAUAGCAAUUUUUAGUUUUAUUGCAGUCAAAUUAGAUUACUCAAAUUUGUAUACGCGACAUAGGGAAAAAUUUCAAACACGGAUAUUUUCCGUUCUAGUUCGAAAUUUAAAAAUGCCCACGGCAAAGUUUUAGAUUUUAAUGUGCUACAUCAUAAUCUUUUGGUUUUAAAUUAAAACAGUUAAAAUUGAAUCUCACGGAAGCCCGAGAAAACGGCAAUAUUUUCUAGCUCGCCUUGGUGUAGAUUUCUGGUUUCCUGCAUUAUGAUUAGCUGAGAGCGAAAAUGUAAACAAAUGUGCUGAUUGGUCGAUGUGCCCUUGUUCUUGUUUACGUAUUUAAAAACAGUGUUUUAGUGUUUAUAUGCAAAUUAGCAAACCAAAGAAGACAAAGACUACCUAUUCACAGAUUUUACAGCCAUAAAGUCUCGAAAAGAAUACUGCUGUGCUCCCUUGCUUCUGGUUAUCAUCAACUUAUUAUCAACUUGUUACGUGCAGACAUUAUUAGACUGGUUGGAGCAACUUGUUGCGAGUCUGUUCACCUCAUCAACCUGUUACAAGAUGAUAACAACCUGUUCCGGACUUGUCAAUAACUGCGAACAAGCAGUGCGAACACAUCUUGUUGACAAGCCGCGAGAGUUUUAUGUACUUUUACAAAAAUAAUGUCACUCUACAGGCAUGAUUUUAACAAAUUCAAUUCUUCACUUUUUCCAGAACACCCUUAUCCAGACUACUACAAUCCGAGAUUUGUAAACAUUCCCACUGUGAUUGUAUUGGUUGGCCUGCCAGCAAGGGGGAAAACAUAUGUCGCUAAGAAAUUGGGACGAUAUCUCAACUGGAUUGGAAUUAAAACGAAAGGUGUGUACAAUGAUACUGUCACAUGAUGCAAUUUUUGAUGCAGCUUAAUGGACAACUUGCAUGUUAGACUAAAUUUUAAUCUAAGUAAAGAGAAGGGAAUCAAACACCACAGCUAAAAAGAACAUAAUGAAAUUAGUAAAAUUGCAAAAUUUGGUUGCGAAAUGUUGAAAUGUCAAGCUUGGAAAAUAUAGUCUUGCAAAGUUUCCAAAUUUUGUUGUUUGUAUUACGUGCGGAAAUUGUUACCAUUUUCGGCCCAAGAAUGGUAACAAUUUCUGCAGGUAAUACAAACAUGUAUACAAAAUAUGCAAACUUUGCAAGGUUAUAUUUUCCGUAUUUUACAACAUUUCGUAACCAAAUUUUGCAAUUUUACUAAUUUUAAUAAGUUCUGUAUGGGAAUUUACUUUUUUUUUGUCUCAGGGUAAAAAAUUAGUCUAACAUGCAAGUUGUCUAUAAGAUUCUCUUGCAAUACACUCUUUCGAUAAUUACGUCACAACUACACUGUUUUCAACUUAGGACCACCCUAAAUGGAAAGGAUUUCAAGCUUUUUUCUCAUGGGCUAUGCACAGAGAAGCAGAACAUCCCUCUUGAACACAUGCGCGAAAAAUUUUGGAUCUUGAUUAAUAAAUAUGGAAAUAAGCAUGAACACGAAAACGAGGCUCCAGGCAAUGCCCAAAAAUUAAAAAAAUAUGUCGAACCGCUAAUUUUAGCUUACAGUAUGUUUAUUUCCCAAACGGUUUGACAUAUUUUUGUAAAUGACCAUGCAAGAUUCACAUGCAAGAUUCAUGUGGUUCCGGUUCCCGACAGACCCUAUUUUUUUCUGCCGACCCUAUUAUUUUUUCAACGCGAUUGACAGUGCGACCCUAUUUUCUCCAGGUGGUUGCGGGCUGCUCAUACAGCGUGCCAAAAUGGCGUCUGUUGUCACACUAAUUAUUGAACCAAAUUGCCUAAAUUCGUCCAUGGGAAAUACACAUCUCUAGUUAAUAUUGAUGUCGGGACUCUAUUGCAAAUCGCCCAACAAAAAAACGGCAAAACCAUGAAAAAAAUAUUUAAAAAAAAAUUUAUUUCCGACCUACCGACCCUAAUUUUUUCACGAUAUGAAACCGGAACCACAGGUAUUUUUUUAUGCCUAAUCAAGUGUCGAAUUAAGUGGGAUUUGCAAUCAAUGUGACCAUAGGCUCUCCGUUCUCGCCUCUUGUUUCUUUCGCCUCGCAAAGAGCCACUGGAACCAGGGUAUUAGAUCUGAAAAAGGUGUUUAAUGUUCAUCACAUCAAUUAUAUAUUUACAAUCUCAAAUGUCAUGAUAAGGAAUGAAGUAAUCUUGACAUGACAUGAUUAUUGCACUUCCUUUAGUUACUAAUUUGCAUAUCAUUGACGCAUGACCCAUUGAAAUAUAGAUGGGAUAUAAAGUUAAAAAACAUAGUUGGAAAUUGGAAUAAAUGAAAUGAAUAUAACUGGAGCGCUAUGUUCAGAUAAACUGCCAAUUAUUUUUGUGAAGCCAAAUCUAACCCCCACGCGAGUUUGGCGGUCAAGACUCGCGUGUUUAGGCCUUGCGAGACCAGUUCAGGCAGAAUGUCGUUUUAUAUGAUUCUGAAAUAGAAUCGAAAUAUCGCCACCAUAAUUUGUGUCAUACAGUCCAGGCCUUAAAAUAUCUUUUACUGGGCCGUCUGACAAAAUGUCCGAUGACGUUGAGUUUGGGUCGGACAUAUGUCCGAUGACCUUCAGUUCAGUUUUGACUCGGAAAUAAGUCUGAAUGACACAAAUGAAUAUCAGCACAAUGUAUUAAUUCUUUACUGUAAAUGUUGUGUAGAAAGUUAAAUUUUGUUUCUUUCAUACAAAUUCCCAAGCUAAAAUUAACUUGCUUUCCAGAACAGCAGUAUUAAAAAAGACUUCGACAACUUAAGCCCGUUUUCCACUUCACCAUUUCGCUCGCCGCCCCGCGCUUGACUACGUUAAAACAACACUUCCAGUUCACCUUUUAUACAAUAGUACUCUGACUUUCCAUUUAACAUACAAGCCUCUAGUCCUGGGCUAGGAUACAUUUUGAUUUACGUUGGACAAAGCUACAGUUCGGUCGGACACAAAUGCACUCAGGUCGGACAAACAAUAAACCUCAGUUUCACUUUGGUCGGACAGAAUGUCCGGCGGUUUCCUUUCUACGUCGGACAUUCGGACAUGGGUCGGACAAUUUCACGAAUGGGUCGGACAAUGUCGGUGACCGAUCGAUAUUUUAAGGCCUGACUGAGACUCAGUGUCAUGCUCAUAUCUUGAGUUUACAAGAUGGUGUUAAUAGUCGGAGUAUGUUUUUUCCUUAUAUUUCUAUUUAUAUUUUCCAACAGUUUUCAAUGUCGGAGUUUAUCGACGAGUGGUUGUUGGCGCUGACAGGAAACACGACUUCUUUCGCGCUGAUAACACCGAGGCAAUAAAAAUACGAAGGUAUGAACUUCAAACAUUUAAGAUGUGGAAGGAUUUUAAUAUAUCGGAAUGGAUGAUUCCAGUUAUAGGCUAAAUUUUGAUCUAGGCAAGAAGAACAAAAUCCAUCACCAGUGCAUGUUAAAAUUAGUAAAAUUGCAAAGUUUGGCGACGAAAUGUUGUAAAAUGCGGAAAAUAUAGCCCUACGAAAUUUGAAAAUUUUGUAUUCAUUUGUAUUACGCGCGGGAAUUUGCAACACAUUUGGGCCGAAAGUGGUGCAUUUUCCCGUGCGUAAUACAAAUUAAUACAAAAUUUGCAAAUUUCGUAGGGCUAUAUUUUCCUCUUUUGAUAACAUUUCGCAACCAAACUUUGCAAUUUUACUAAUUUUAACAUGCUUUUUCCAGCUAUGGUGAUGGAUUUUGUUCUUCUUGCCCAGAUCAAAAUUUAGUCUACAGGAUGUAUAAAAAAACCUGCACAGAUUUGAAAUUUGCUCUUAAAUUCGCAAAACAGCUAUUAGUAUAUCCAGUUUUUUAUGUAUAUAGCUUCUUUGGGUACUUAUAAUGUGGAAAAAUGGAAAAAAUUUCUCGAACUCAAAUUUUGUGAACCAGGGGCGUGUGUCUUUUCCACCAAGUAAAAAUGACUUGCGCACGAAAUUUAAUUACUGUACAAAAUUUCAGACAAUUUGCUUCAGUUUACGCCCUUUAACCAUUCACGCAAACUUACAUUUUUUCUUAAAAAAUCAUCCAUUUGCAUGCUAAUCAAUGUCUUUGCUUAAUUUGCAUAUGUCAGUAAUAUGCAAAUUAGGUAAAGGCAUUAAUUAAGCAUGCGAAAGGCUAAUUUUUUAGAGAAAAUGAAUAAUUUGAAAAAUGAAUAGUUAAAAUGCUUAAACUAAAGCAAAUUGUCUGAAAUUUUGUACAGUAAUUAACAACCCAACAAUUGUUCCAUCUAUCAACUCGAAAUAUGAUUAAAGCUUCUAAAUUUCGUGCGGAAGCCAUUUUUAGUUUGUUGGAAAAGACACCCCCCCCCCUGGUUUACAAAAUUUGAGUUCGAGAAAUUUUUUCCAUUUUUCUACAUUAUAAGUACCCAAAGAAGCUAUAUACAUCAAAAACUGGAUACUAAUAGCUGUUUUGGCAAUUUAAGAGCAAUUUCAAAUAUGUGCAGUUUUGUUUUUGAUACACCCUGUAUAGGUGGGAUCAUCUAUUUCAUUGUUCCAUAGUUUUGUCCCCCUGUAGAAAAACGAACGUUACCCUACAGUUGUCCUAUAAAGUGGGACAUCUAUAGUUCACCUUUCCCACUGUCAUGUGUCUUUAAUCGAAAUGAGAAUCUGCUUUACAGGUAUAUGCAUGGCGGACCUAUAGACCUUUUAAACACUUGAAUGUUGUAUAAACUGCUUCUUUAUAUAUGGUUCGUACAAUAUUUCUCUGUACAGACCUCGCGUUCGGUUAAUAAGAAGUUAAUAUUUACUCGUGCUUGUAACGAUCCGCGCGCCUAUACUAUACACGUGAAAACAAAGAAGUACAAGACCGUAAUUUCGACCUGCAUUGACUAACAGUUUGCAUGUCAGACAAGAAUUGCAUUCCCUUUCUUCCAACACUAGAACUUGAUAAACAGCUAUAUUAUUUUUUUCAAAACGGCAAGAAAUCCACGCGCUUGAUUCUUUUUCAUUUAAAUAUAUUUCUUGUGCACUCGUUGUAGACAAUGUGCCAUGAAUGCGUUAUUAGACGUCUCUCAAUGGUUUUCACAUCGAGAAGGAUUCGUUGCUGUAAGUAUCCAGCUUUUUGCAUGAGGGAACGUACCAUCCUAUAAUUUUAGAUUUGCCAACUACAAGUAUUAUAAUGAAAUUCCAAUAAAAUUCCUGUUACUGCGAAGUACAUUUGAGGUCAGCUGUUACUUUAUUGCAUGCAGAGACCACCUCCUCCCCCCUAGUGAAGUUCAUGUAGCACCACCCUAAAAAUAUUAAAUAAUAAAUAUUACUGUACUUAAACCACUAAUAUUUCUAUGACUUAAACAAGCAAAUUUACUGUACUGUUCUGUACUACAGCAACUGUCCAGUCACGUUUAGGUGAUGAGAAGCCUAUGGCUAUGUAAACUUUAUAAACAAAACAUAAUGUAGAACGUAACAGAACGGCGAACAUUCAGACUCGGCCGUCUCGAAUAAUGGUAUAAUGUUAGGACAAUAGCGCUGCAGACUGCAAAGGAGUGUUGGCAGACGAUUAAUCUUUUCCUUGUCCAACGCAAAACUUGCGGUUGCCAUAGAGUAUUUUAAUAAAACACAAAACAAUAGACACUCCAAUAAUUGUAAACAUUUUCAUUCUUUAUGUUUCGACUAUGAUUUAAAGAUGCUGUCAAGUCCGUAAUGUAAACAAACGCUUUGUUUACAUUUUGAACUGCUAUAUUUGUAAAAUAUGAUAUACUAACUGAUGGUUCGCUAUGCUUCUAAAUGAAUAUAAACUCUACGUUUCAAUUCAAAAAAGUUCGAAAGACACAGAUCUUUGUUAUGAGCAGAACUGAUGCACAGAACGGACUUUUCUUCAGAAGAAUCAAGAAGAUUCUUCUGAAGAUGACUUAAACUAUAUAGUGGAACGUAAAGAAUGAAAAUGUUUACAAUUUCGGAGUGUCUGUUGUUUUGUGUUUUAUUACAACGCAUUUCAAUUUUGUAAAUCUUUGGUACGUAAGUAACAUUAAACAUUAAUUAGUAAUUUGUAAAAAUUUUAGAUAUUUGAUGCUACGAAUACAACAAGAGAAAGACGUCAAAUGGUUUUGGACUUCUGUGGGGAACGUGGCUACAAGGUAAGGGAGUGGUCAUUAUUUAUGGGGGGAUGUCACCGAAGAGAAAAGGGUUGGGUAAACAAAAUUUUGAGUAAAAGGUUGGGUAAAUGAAAAACAAAACAACUCAAGGGUUGGGUAAUCGAAAGUUAUUGUCAUUUCCAGAACAUGACUCGCUCAAAUAUUGAAGACAAAAAGGCAAUGUCAACAUGCAGUCAUAUGCAUGUAAAUCAGUCAGAGUCACUAUCUUGAUCAUUUUCAGUUUUGCGUUCAGAUGCAUGAAUAUUCUUGCACUAUUUACCCACAAUGAGAUGAAUAAUUGUUAUACAUAUGCCACAACAAAAUAAAAAUGGCCAAAAAACGACGGUUUCAGCAAGCGUAAUAGUUGUAAACAAAAGAGAAUGCAUUGGGAAUAGCUUUAAAGAAUACCUCUACACACUGUUAAACAAAACUUUGUGGCUUUCUUCGUAUCUGGCGAAACCACACCCUUUGUUUAGCACGAACAUUUGCUCGUCUGUGACUCUGUAUUUCUGGUCAGCGCGCCCGUCGUCGAAGACUUUCCGCGUCAAAUUUUUUUUAUGAAAAGCGCUGAUCAAGUCAAGGAAAUUUUCUUCCUCAGUCAAGGAAAUCUACUGAAAUUUUGCCACGAAAGUGACGUGGUACAUGUUUAUGAAUACAUUUUAGUACUGGAACGUACUGCAUGUCUUGCCAUGAUUUUUAUAUGAAAGAAUAAAGCAUAUUCUUGUGCAUUUCAUAUUUGAUAUAUUUCUAUUAUUUUAUACACCUGAACAUUUAAUACCAUUCUCAUUUUAUUCCAUGUAAACUGCAGUUUGAUAUUAAGCAUUUCUGCAAAAACGGCGUUCCCUUGAAGACCUUGAAAGAAAAAUAAUGAAAAAAGAGCCGCGCACGCAUCAAUUUUGGACAGAAACAGAACACAUUUUUAGCCUUAUAAUACUUACCUCAUUGAUUUUCGACAGGUUUUUUUCAUCGAAUCAGUCUGUGAUGACGUCGACAUUGUCUCGGAGAAUAUAAGGGCAAGUAUUUAUAGUUUAUAAUAUAGUCAUCCACCGUAUAUGAGCUGUUCUGCAAUCUGACUGGUUGAAUUACUCGCCGUAUAUCAGCUCAUAUACGGCGAGUAGCGAAAAACAAGAUGGCGGUCCAAAAACUACAUGAGUUUUGCGAAGCAGAAAAAGGAAAAUAUUCGCUUUGAGAAACAUAAUAGUACAGGGAAAAACUCUCAAAAAAAAUUUGACAGGUUAGCAAAAUACAUUUAUUACGUAGAAAUUAGUUUAAAUAAAGUUUUUUAAAGAAUUAAUACCGAAACAACAGCGAAAAAACAUGUUCAUUGAGAAUAUAAAUUGUUCAGAAAAGUUUGCCGAUGAACGACAAAUGAAUUUGCAGUCAACAAGCACUUACUAUAGUACCAAACAUCUGUAUAAUAUAUCUGAGCUUUCCUGUGAGAUAUAGAGGUUCUAAAACCAUUUCUUUCACUUCGUCUUCGAGUUGUAAAACAAAAGUAUUUCAAAUUUUCAAGCGGUUUUUGGCCGAACAAAUUGUCAACACAUUGUAACAGUGAAUAAUUAAUUGCUGCUUCAGUUAAUGGCUAUAUUAGACUAUAUUAUAAAACAAUUAUACCAUUCGCUCUCGUCGUAUAUGGCUGAUAGCCGACUCGGUGCUACGCACCUCGUCGGCUAUCAGCUCAUAUACGACUCGAGCUCAUGGUAUAAUUGUUAAAUAUAAUACUGCGGAAAUUGAUUUAAUAAAAGAUCUGUCUUAAUCUUAGCGUGAAUAUUUCUUGGUGUUUAGGAAGUGAAAGUAUUCAGUCCAGACUACGAGACGAUGAAAAAUGACGAAGCUGUUGAGGAUUUCAAACAACGGAUAGAACACUACAAGGCAACAUACGAACCAUUAUCUCUGGAAACUGAUGAGUGAGUUCUUUUAUAGUGUUUAUUAUGUAUAGUAGAGAGUGAGAUACUGAAAAAUACACAUGCAGUGAGAUAUUUUCCAUACAUCUACUGUAUAGCCAUCUUCCACUUCACUAGUGAAGAUAUUGCUCAAAUGAAGAUAUCGCUGAGUACAGCUUAGUAUACUUCACUAGUGUACUGAGCUAUACUCGGAGAGAUAAUUUACUUAACUCUACGGACGUUGAGUUUAGCGUUUCUGGGGCCGUGCAUAAAACAAACCAUGCAUUUACACAAUCUGAUAUUUCCGUAACUGCUUGUCUUUUAUACAGGGAGUUGUCAUUUAUCAAGAACAUUAAUUGUGGUCAACAGUUUAUUGUCAACAGAAGCCACGGUAAAUAUAAUAUCCCAAUUUAUAAUACUGGUUGGCAGUUGCAAUCAUACAGCCACAAUUUCAGUGAUUGUUGCCAGAAAACACACGAAUUACAUGUAUUUUAGACAUUUUAACCUAAUACAGUAUACCAUAGUUUAAUUAGUAUGCAUACCUGGCCCUUGUUCUAUAGAAACUUUAAGGAAUUCUCCUCCUGACUUUUGCAUGCAUUCUCCUCCUUUUUUGAGUAAAAAAUACUCAUAUUUGAGUGAAAUUACUCAACAUUUGAGUACAGAGCUCGUUUACUCAAAAUAAGGAGUCACUAUGGGUGCAUUUUUCUUGAGUAACUAUAGCACUCCUUUUUUGAGUAAAAAAUACUCAUAUUUGAGUGAAAUUACUCAACAUUUGAGUACAGAGCUCGUUUACUCAAAAUAAGGAGUCACUAUGGGUGCAUUUUUCUUGAGUAACUAUAGCACUCCUUUUUUGAGUAAAAAAUACUCAUAUUUGAGUGAAAUUACUCAACAUUUGAGUACAGAGCUCGUUUACUCAAAAUAAGGAGUCACUAUGGGUGCAUUUUUCUUGAGUAACUAUAGCACUCCUUUUUUGAGUAAAAAAUACUCAUAUUUGAGUGAAAUUACUCAACAUUUGAGUACAGAGCUCGUUUACUCAAAAUAAGGAGUCACUAUGGGUGCAUUUUUCUUGAGUAACUAUAGCACUCCUUUUUUGAGUAAAAAAUACUCAUAUUUGAGUGAAAUUACUCAACAUUUGAGUACAGAGCUCGUUUACUCAAAAUAAGGAGUCACUAUGGGUGCAUUUUUCUUGAGUAACUAUAGCACUCCUUUUUUGAGUAAAAAAUACUCAUAUUUGAGUGAAAUUACUCAACAUUUGAGUACAGAGCUCGUUUACUCAAAAUAAGGAGUCACUAUGGGUGCAUUUUUCUUGAGUAACUAUAGCACUCCUUUUUUGAGUAAAAAAUACUCAUAUUUGAGUGAAAUUACUCAACAUUUGAGUACAGAGCUCGUUUACUCAAAAUAAGGAGUCAAUAUGGGUGCAUAUUUCUUGAGUAACUAUGGUACUCCUUUUUUGAGUAAAAAAUACUCAUAUUUGAGUGAAAUUACUCAACAUUUGAGUGCGCAGAGCUCAUUUACUCAAAAUAAGGAGUCACUCUUUCUUUUUUUUUGGAGUAAAUGUAUAGAAUUUGAGUAUUUUUAACUAAUUUUUUCGAGUAAUUUUUACUCACUUUUUACGAGUUACUUUUACUCACCGUUAAGAGUCACUAUGGGUGCAUUCAUUUGCUCAAUAGUUUGAGUGUAUUCUACUCAGAAUUUUUUGCAGUGUACAUGAAGAUCUAUACAUACGGAGAAUUUUUCCUUGACAAGUUCUUUUUUCUCGUGUGUACAGCGAAAAAGUCGAGCCUCGUUCCGAAGCUGGUCAUGUGAGUGUACAAGAAAUAUUUCGUGCACAGGAGCAACAAAACCUGUCAAGGAAAACAUGUUGAGGCGUGAAAGUUGAAAAAAAUAUUCACGACGAAUAUUUUGGCAAAAUUCGUUGCGCGAACUUCGUUCUGAACGGGGGCAAAUGUUCCAAAAUUGGAAGAACAUUUAAAUCCCAAAGGUGGAAAAAUGCCAAUUCAACCGACCACUUUAAAUCAGGCCGCAUUUGAUUAAUUUUUAUCACAAUCAUUCCAUGAAGGUGUCAUUUGACAGCUAAAAACCUGAUCUUUAUAAAUACGAGAAAGAAAACCUAUAUUGACGUAUUAGUUAACAUACCUAUGCAUUACCUAUUAGCCAUUUCCCAAUCGAGCAGAGGACUGGGUCUAGUUGAUGUUUGGAGGGACAUUUGGAGGGACAACAAGUUAUAAUGAGCGAGCUGAAUAUAUAUUAAAGUCCUCUGCUCGAUUGGGAAAUGGCUAAUUUUUAAUACACCUGUAUAUAACGCGACGUUGUUAAUAGCAAAAUCUGAGAAUAAAGUAGGUCGUUUACAACUUGCCUCAAUCGCUGGCUACAAAACAAAGUGUGUCGAAGUAUUUAAUGUAAUGUUGGCCUGAUUUCAGUUACUGCCUAUUCUGCAUUUUCAAUAUUUGUACAGAGGUUAGUUUUUACGACAUUUGUCUAUUUAUCUCUAUAUAAGAAUACCGCACGACUUCCAGUAAGAAGAAACGAAAAUGCAGAAAAGACAGUAACUUAUACCAGGCCAACAUUACACUAUAUAUUUCUACAGACAUUGUUCUGCAACCAACAAUUGAGGCAAUUUUCAAAUGACCUAUCGUAUAUAUUCUCUGAUUUUGCGAUUUACAGCAUCGCGUAACAACUGGCUCAGUACACAUCUGAUUGGUUGAUCGAAUAUAUCGAACGCAUCUGAUUGGUUGAUGGUUCCUUAAUGAUAGCGGUAGUGGAAAUCUGAACCUCUAGAAUUUGCUGUUUACUGCAGAAGCCAUAUUUCCAUCGAUGAUAUGCAAAUUUAACAUAACAUUUAUACAACCUCGUUCCCAGGGCUUUUCCAUGACAAAAAGGGAAAAGCCCUGGGAACGAGGUUGAACAUUUAUACAGUCGUGCCAAUAGAAGCGUUCCGAAAAAAUGUUGACCAGUUCAUUUCCUAACUUCUGGGAGUUCCUCUGAACAAUUCCUCAACAAUUUGAUAAGUUCCUUAAAAAGUUCCUAACUUCCUGUUUCAUUGACCAAUCAGAUUGCUCAAAAAUAAUAAAUGAAACAGGAAGUUCGGAACUUUUUAAAGAAAUUUUCAAAAUUUUUCAAAAGGUGUUCCUUCAAGUUAGGAAAUGAACUGGUCAACAUUUUUCGGAACACUUCUAUUGGCACGACUAUAACAUUGCAGUACCCUUUUAUAUAUACAUGAACUUGUGGUUAGAACUCAACAACUGGACUGUAGCUCAGUUGGUUUGGACUGUAACUAGGGCCGCAGAUUCCAUUCCUGCCAGGGACCUAUAGUUGCAUUUUCCGCGGCUGUUUCUGGUUAGGUCUAAUAAAUGUGUAUAAAAUUUACACUCGAUAAUUUCCAUCUACUCAACCCUUGCCUCGUGGUUGACUAAAGAAUGUUUUCUUGCUUUCUAGGUUAUGUUCAAAGUCGUGUUGUAUAUUAUAUGAUGAAUACGCACGUGCAACGAAGAUCUAUAUAUUUAACUCGG